UCUUCCAGGAUUUUCUCGCAAAUGAGACUUUCUCGGUCACUGGACUGUAACUGGCGCGGGUGCCGUUGUCUUAAUCUACUCGGACCAAGAGAGCGCUGCGUCAAUCUCUACGGUGGAGGAGGAUCGUCGUCUUCUUCAGUCACCUCGGCCUAUCGCCAGCAUCAAUAAGGCGACGACCCGCAUUCACGCAAGGCUCAGUGGCAUAGCUAACUUGUCUGUCAAGGAUAAGGAGAGGCUUGCCUGGGCUAACACGUGGAUGUGUGAAAACCGAAUAAGCCCCCUCCCUAAAGGCAAUAAGAUGCAGGCCGGUUCUACCGGCCCUGCCAACAAGAAGGUGGAGUCCACGGCAAGCAAACGCCAACGGUCCGCUGAGAGUACCAAGCAAGGUACCCAGUGAGCAAGAGGCUGCGAGCACCUGGCUCCAGUCAAACGGACUCGAACAGACAAAGACAGAGAGCAACGGUUGCAGAAACUGCCGGGCGGCAUCUCGCUGUUGCUCUCAUAGACAGAGGGGACCCUAACGGGAAAAUGUCUGCAGAGCGGUGGCGGUUGACCCAUAGUAAGCUGGUCGACGCACUGUUUGUCAGGAUGGAAAAUGCCCCAGACAAUCCAAUGCCUAUCUUCGAAGGCACUGGCUGGAUGAAUGGUGUCAAGAUCCUCUCAUGCAAGAACGACCCAACCCGACUAUAGGAGGGGUCCAAGCUGGGCGUGGUGGACGGGAAUAAUAUUCCGUCCAUGCCGGAGGUCAUGUUCCCUAUAGCUGUGCAGGGCGAGCAGGUGCUUCAGCUGCUUAAAAAGCACAACCUGGCCAUUCCGACGAGUGAUUGGUCCGUGCUGAAGGUUGAUGAACCUUUACCCAUUGGUGGGCAACACGUGAUCAUACAGAUCAAUAAGGAGGCCGAGGAUCUGCUGUAUAGCGCAAUGGGAAGAUGGCGUGGGGCUUAGGGAGCGUGUACCUUCGCCUCAUCCGAACGACAAGGACACUCACAUGCUGAGGUCAGGGGAGGUAGAGUCAGAUUUCAGGCUAGAGAGCAUGACUGACGCCACUCUGCACUUCAACUUGGCGGAGGAGGUGGGGGAGGAACCGUCCAUGCAGACGGCCCUGCGAGUGUGCAAACCUCUAAUGAGUGUGCUGCAGCUUAACCUCCACAAAUCUAAAACUGCUUCUCCUCCUCGCACUAGAGGAAGGGUCCGCCUACGCGGCUUUGGUCCAGGAACCGUGGAUAGCGUCGGGCAACACGGUUGCAGGGCUGAAGUCACCCAACUACAACUUAUACGUCUCGACAUUGCAAUGACGAUCUGACCGUGGUGGUGCUGGAGAGCUGUGUUGGAUGUUUGCUGCUAGCAUCCUGCUACAUGGUCCGUGACGAACCUGCUCCACCAGAAGAUCUGCGGUGAUUGGUGGACAUGGUCUGCUCCUCCAAAAAGCAACUUAUAAUCGGCACGGACGCCAACGUUCAUUAUAGCGUUUGGAGAAGUCUCGAUAUCAACGAAAGGGGUGAGUCAUAACUUCAUUUUAUCCUUAACAAUAAGCUAAGCCUAGCCUAGAGGUGAGGAAUCUACUUAUAUAGGUCCCACCUCUCGUAACGUGCAGGA